CUCGGGAUCUCUAUUUGCAUUCACCACUGCGAAAGAGGAAGUGACCAAGUUGGGAAUAGUUAUUGGGAUAGAUCUUAGCACAACCUAUUUGUGUGUUGGUGUUUACAAGAACGGUCAUGUGGAAAUCAUAGCCAAUGACCAAGGAAACCGCAUUACCCCAUCCUGGGUGGGAUUCAUGGAUAAUGAGAGACCGAUUGGAGAGGCCGCAAAGAAUCAGGCGGCUGUCAAUCUUGAAAGAACCAUCUUUGAUGUCAAAAUACUGAUUGGAAGAAAGUUUGAUGACAAAGAGGUGCAAAAGGAUAUGAAACUUGUUCCAUACAAGAUUGUAAACAAAGAUGGAAAGCCAUACAUACAAGUCCAGAUUAAGGACGGCGAGACCAAGGUUUUCAGCCCUGAGGAGAUCAGUGCUAUGAUUCUAGCCAAAAUGAAAGAUACAGAAGCAUUCCUUGGAAAGAAGAUUGAGGAUGCUAUUGUUACUGUCCCUGCAUAUUUCAAUGACGCUCAAAGACAGGCUACCAAGGAUGCUGGUGUAAUAGCUGGACUGAAUGUAGCGAGGAUAAUUAACGAACCGACCGCUGCAGCCAUUGCUUAUGGUUUAGAUAAGAAGGGUGGGGAGAAAAACAUCCUUGUGUUCGACCUUGGGGGUGGGAUGUUUGAUGUCAGUAUCUUGACAAUUGAUAAUGGUGUUUUUGAAGUUCUGGCCACAAAUGGGGACACCCAUCUGGGAGGUAUGACCCUUAGUAUUUGCCACUGACUUUCUAGUGUUCUUUCCUACUUAUAGUUGUGGCUCAGGUUCCUACUUAGUGGAU